CCCACUUCCAGGUCUAUAUAAUUUUCACGGCAGCCAUUGUUCUCGUACCUCGUACUGAGCGUCCGACGACAGAUGAGAUAAUUCUCACAGCUAAUAUUAGUGGAAAAGGGUCAGGAGAUAACUACAAAAAUUAGAGAGAGAACCCUCCAAUGUGAAUCCGAAAAUGGCUUUAAUAGCGACGAGAACGAAGCUCUCUCGACUUCUCUCUUCUGGUUGUAUCUCCAAUGGUGGGAUACGGGUUGGUCCGUUUGGGAAAUUCGGGGCAAUGUGUUGGUCCACUGCUGUUGCUGCGGUUGAGCCGGGGCCUGUGGGGUUGGGGAUGUUGGGACUGAAGGACUAUGAGGAUUAUAGGAGGUCUUUGUAUGGUGAGAUCACUCAUAAGGCCUUGUUGGUUGACGCUGCUGGCACACUUCUUGUUCCUUCUCAGCCUAUGGCUCAGAUUUAUAGGUCUAUUGGCGAGAAAUAUGGGGUGAAGUACUCGGAGAACGAGAUAUUGAGCAGAUACAGAAGGGCUUAUGACCAGCCUUGGGGUAGAUCUCGUCUCAGAUAUGUUAAUGAUGGGAGGCCCUUCUGGCAAUAUAUAGUCAGUUAUUCCACUGGCUGUUCAGAUGCUCAGUACUUUGAAGAACUUUAUAAUUACUAUACCACUGACAAGGCUUGGCACCUUUGUGAUCCUGAUGCUGAGAAAGUAUUUCAAGCUCUUAGAAAAGCGGGUGUGAAGCUGGGUGUUGUGUCAAAUUUUGACACUCGAUUGAGACCUCUGAUGCAGGCUCUAAAUUGUGAUAAUUGGUUUGAUGCUCUGGCAGUGUCUGCUGAAGUUGAAGCAGAGAAGCCAAAUCCAACUAUAUUUCUAAAAGCUUGCGAUUUGUUAGGAGUAGAGCCUCAGGAUGCUGUUCAUGUAGGGGAUGACCGUAGGAAUGAUAUAUGGGGUGCCAGAGAUGCAGGUUGUGAUGCUUGGCUAUGGGGAAGUGAUGUUCACUCUUUUAAGGAGGUUGCUCAGAGGAUAGGGGUCUGGGUUUAAAAGAAGUUUGUUCGUUCGAAACAUCUUGAAGGAUGCUCUGUAUGGACAGGUUUCUUUAGCUUUUGGUAAGAGUUGUACAUUCUGCUGUAUUGUAUUAAUAGGAUAGGAUGCUAUGACAGAAUUGAUAAAUAAGAAUAAGACAAUUUUGUACUUUCUAUGCUAAAUUUCCCAAGUUUUUCUUGGGCUUUUUUCUUGCA